ACUGCCGCUUAGUUCCCAGCUGCGACAAAAAGCGCCAGCUAUGGUGCCUCUUAUACAACAGUUCAACUAAAAUCAAACAAUUGCCAAGCAAGCCUACAACUAUUACUACAACUACUACUACUACUAAUACAACUACAACUACAACAAACACUAUUAAAACAAUUUAUUCAUACCAAAACUACAACAACGAGAACAAAACAAGCAACUACUACCACCACCACAUAAACAAGACAAACUACAAGAACAAGAACAACAACAAUCACAACUACAACCACAUCUACAAAAACCACAACAACAUCAAUAAUAUAAUAACAAGAACAACACCAACAACAAAAUAUAGCCAAAUAAUAAACGUAACGUCAUCGUCACCAACGUCGAACGUAUGUUUGUACAAAUACACAUUUCGCUGAGACCGUGGCCAACAGCCAACGCAUCCACAUAGCUCUAUCCCCCUCCCAGCAUACGGGGACUUAAAGUGAAAUCCUUAAAUUGACAAGGAACCCCCGCCUCUAAAAAAAGUACAAAAUAAUCGUCCAUUCAGCGGCCCAACAAUCGAUCCAAAGAUCGAUUAAACCUCCACGAAACAAAUUAAAUAACAAUCCAACUACGUAAUACAAACACAACGGUGUCUCAGGCGAGAUAGUAUUCAGUGAAAGCGCCAGCGAAAUAUGAAUUUCAUUGGCGCCGUAGGUGGUGAUGGCGGUGAUGAUGCCGACGAUAAGGAAAAGGCAGAGGAGGAGGAGAGAGAACGUCAGGAGGCCAUCCGUGAGGCUGAAGAACGACGCAAGGAGAAGCAUCGUCGCAUGGAAGAGGAGCGCGAAAAGAUGCGACAAGAUAUACGUGAUAAGUAUAACAUCAAGAAGAAAGAAGAGGUAGUAGAACAACAAAUGAUGCCACAAGAGGAGCCUAAUCCCCUGAUGCGGAAAAAGAAAACGCCGGAAGAAUUGGCUGCCGAGGCAGAGCAAGAAGAACUUGAUGAUUUCACGAAACUGAAAAAUCAAAUAGAAACGCAAGUAAAUGAGCUAAAAACCCAAAUAGAGGGAAAAUGCGUCAUGCAGUGAUAUGUCAACAUAAUUCUAUAUAAAUUAUAUGAAUAAUAUAAUUCUAAUAAUAACAAUAAAAUAAUAAUAAUAAUGAUAACAAACAAUGAAUAAAUUAAUAACAACCAGCAUAAAUCAGCUAAAACCCAACAACAAUAGCAAAAAACCACAUAUAUAUAUAAAGGCAAAUAAAUAAAACAAAAUAUGACAAAACAAGCAAACCAACCAAACCGAAGAAUAACAAAAUAAUAGCAAUGCGAACAUAAUAAACAGAAUUCAUUAAAACAAUAAUAAGAAUAAUUGAAUAAAUUAAAAGCAAACAGCAAAUAAAAGAGAAGCAAACAUAAUAAACCAUUCAUAUAAUAUUGGCGGAUUAUACAACAUAUAUAUAUAUAUACUUAAAAUAAUAUAUAUACAUCUAUAUAUAUAUUAAACAUAAACAAAUUGAAACCAAAUAACCAAAAAUGAAAAAAAUGGAAGUAUAAACUGCUGAAUUGCAUGAAAACAUAAUAAGGCUAUAUAUAUUUAAAGAAGAAGAACAACAACAAAAUUGAAGACAAACAAGAACACAUAUAUACACAACAACAUCAAAGAAAUGAUAUAUAUACAUUUACAAUAGUCUUUACAACAUAUAUAAGUAAUUGAGUAAAACAAAUCUACAUACAUAUAUAUAGAAAGAUAUACAAAUACAUGUGUAUGUGUGUACUAACACAUAUAUGCAUAUACAUAUGUGAAAGGAUACAUAUACAUAUAUAUGUCAAAGGAAACCCAACAACAGCACCACAACUAUUCUACUACUACUACUACAACAACAACAACCACAAACAAGAACAGCAACAAGUAUAUAUAUAUAUAUAUUUCAAAUUUCAACGUUUAUCUGGAUACUCGAUGAAUACUAAACUACAUCAAUAACUGCAUUAUUAUAAUCUCUACUCAAAAUAAUAACAACAACAACAACAGCAAUAAUAGAAAGAACAGCAACAACAAACCAUUCUUUGCAAAUCUUUAAUGAAUUAAAACCAAAGUAUGAAAUAAAUAAUCUGAACUACAAAAUAUAAAAUCCAACCGAAAAAGCUUGCAACCCUUGCAUCCAACAACAGCAAAAACAACAGUUAUGUUACUUACACGACCACCAACAUCACCACUACCAACAACUGCUAAACUGUCCCCUUUUUUUCUUCUCUAGCUAUGUAUCAUUUAAUUGGCUCUAAAUUUUCAAAUGCUUGCCUAGAGAUCCCUUCGAUAGCUAUACCCACUUGCGUUACUCCCAUUCUCAAUAAGAAACAUGUAGACAAAAAAAAACAGCUGCUGCUUACAACAAGUCUGCUCUCAACGAUAAUGAUAACAAGAUCACCCCAAAACCAAUUAACGAUUGCCUUAGUAUCUGACACAUAUAUGACAUAUGUAAGCACUAAGGCAAACGAGUGAUCGAUUGUAGGGUAUACACAAAAGAGAAUCCAAAAAACUAAAGCCUUUAAUUAAAAAUAAAAAAAUAAAUAAAAUUUAGAAGAAAUUUGUGAAAAUCAUUUAAAAUAAUACAAAGAUAAAAACUAUAGCCGAUUAGUAAAAAAGGAACUUAUUAAUUUAAAAACAAAACACCGACGAAAUUUUAGUAAACAAAGCGAUAAGAAACCAAAACCAAAAUGAAAAAAACAAAACAAAAACCAAUAACAAGCAUUACUUAGGCUGUUAAUGAAUUUGAUUACAUUGAAGAACAAAUAAUGCAAAAAACCCCAGUAAUGAAUUAACCAAGGAAAUGUAUUAACAACAAAACAAAGCAAAUUCAUAAUACAUAUAACAACACUAGUUUAGUGAAAAUUUCGAAAGUUUGCUAACACUUUUCGUAAUUGUUUCGUUUUGGUUUUGUUUUUGCAUUAUUUGAUUCGUGAUACAUCUAUUAGAACAGCUGCUAAUCUGUUAAUUACUCAGACUGCGUAUUUCGUUUAUCGUCAACUACAUAACUAACGAACCAACUGUCUCUGCUCUCGUUCGUCUAUAUUUAAAUCGUUUAUUGAACACUGAGUCACUCACUACUCUAAACUAUUUCAAUCACUAUUUAAAAAGAAAGCAUAUGUCUUGUUUUUAACUUUCUCUCCCUCUCUCUCUAUUUCGUCUCUCUUUUAUUAUUCUCUGAGAAAAAAUCUUUUAACAAACUUAAACUUUGGUAUUGAUGAGUUUGAUACGAAAUCUGAUUAAUUGAUAUCCUUAGUUUAACUUGUACAUUAUUAAUAAAGUUCAGUAUUAUAAUGAAGUUUUUAAACAUAAACAAAUUUUUAAACGAAAACAGCUACAAUUUUAUAUAUAUAUUUUUUCUCUUUUCAAAUUAAAAAAAGUAAAUCUUCAAUUAAAGUAAACUUUUUCAUAUCAAUUGUGUACAAAAACUAAAGGAUUUUUUAUGAAAAAAAAAAUAUUUUAAAUAUGUUUUUGUUUGGAGUUUUUUACAAAAAAAGUAAUAACCAGAUCAAGCAGCUUUUUAUAUGAUUUUUUGUUGUUGUUAUUAUAUUGAUAAAAAUAGUUGUUGAGUUUAAUUUUUGUUCUUCUUUUUCACUAAGUUAGGAAAAUUAUAAAUUUUUUUGUUAUAUUGCUAAUGAUAGAGAACAUAUUAUAAAAAUUCUACCAAAUCCCCAGCAGAAGAGAAGACAGAUACAUAGUUAGAAAAAAACAGCUACUUACCUAAAAAAAAAUCAAAUAAUACAAAUAUACUUUUCCACUUGUUAAUCAAAUUCAAUGAUGGGCAAAAGCAUGCAAACAUCGUUUAGGUAUGGUACUUGUGGGUUUAGUUUCAUUUGGCAGCGACCUUAAAGAAAGACCAAUAGAGUUCUAAUAUCAGUCUCACCAAGACAAUUUGGCCUAUUGUUAUAACACAAGAGCAAGAGUAGGAAAAUGCCUUCUAUUUCCUAACAUUGAAUCAGCCGGAUAGGUUUAAAAAUCCUUAUAACUUGCGAAUGCUUAAAUCCACUGUUUCUGACAAGUGUUCAAGGAAGUAAAACCCUAAUGUGUUACUCCUUCUGCUUGGUAGUGUGAGGAAACGCAUACAGCGUAAGUGCCAUAGUUACUUCGAUGCGCUCACUGCAUUAGCUGAUAUCGCUAUACGCAUGUUUUUCUAUCAGUUGCAUAGGAAACAAUGAGUGAAACUUCUAUUGAGCUAAUGGCAGCAAACCAAAUGGCCUCAUAAUGCAGUGUUCAAAACCCCAAGUUGUAAACAUUUGUCAUAUGUUGGCUUUCGGGUUUUUACUAGAGGCCUACCCACAGAUUGCAGUCCCCUUGGACUACAAUGUUCUACAAUUUUCUGAGACUUCCCUGCAUCCAAAACAGUUGAAUUUAACUAGUUCUUUUGAACAUUUGACAUCUUUUGAACAUUUGAACAUUCCUUGACAUUAUGAUAGUGUUCUAAGUAGCCGACUGGUUGGUAAAGGGCUAUAUCAGUAUACUUACCCUUGCUAUAAGUGUGCUGUUGUCGAAACGGACAAUCUUUGUUUGCAGAUAUUCCUUAAUAAAUAGUUUCAUCAAAUAAAGGAAAUCUUUAUCAGUUUUAGAACAAGAUCGUCUCACAGCAAGGCAAUAACAUGUGCUCGCCCAUCAUUGCAAGCUAAGGAAGUCAUAUAAUUACAUUUACUCAAAGGCCUUAAAAACUUUAUUAGUUUCUUGGCUACGAGUAGCAGGUGCUAAAAAACACCCCAAAUUGAAAGAAAGCUUGUUUUCUAUAAACUGUUUAAGCAUUUCAAUGUACCACCUUUAUAGUGUAUGGCUUCUCUUAUUGAUGUAACGGGUAGACUGAAAACCAAAAAAACAUCUUUAUCUCAUUGCAAACUUUCUUUCAUUAUCGAUAUGAUAAUGAGAAACAUUUUACAACUCCCCUAUUUGAUAUUCUCUAGCCUUUGAAAGCAUUGCCUAAAGACAAAAUAGUAACAUAAUCAUAAUGAAUGCACAGGGAAGGCUAAACUUGUAGCCAUUGCAAGCAAAUAUUGAUCCAGCAACAAGAACGCCUGAGAUUCAUGGCUAGCAGCCCACUCUGUCUGCAGCUUUAUUCUCUCCAUAGAUCAAAUAAAUCAAGACAGAAAUUAAAACAAAAAUAAAAAUAAAGUAAUGACAGUUAUUUGUUUUUCUUCUCUAAACAUCUUUUUUGACUAGCUUUAUUUUAGCUCUCACCGAAACUUUAAAAUAUAUAAAAACAAAAAUAAUAUUACAAAGAAAAAAAAAAAAGAUAUUAAAUACCAAAACUUAAUCUCCCUCUUUGACCAAACAACCAUAGUCAAAUGAGCGGCUUUCUCUCUCUCUACUUUUCUAGUUUAGUUUUUAUCUUCUUCAAUUUUCUUAUACUUAUCGAAAUAACGCCCUUACCUUAAAACGUUAUUGUUUUUCUUCUCUACUAAACCCAAAAGACAACAAGUGAAAAUCUUCAAAAACGAGAUUGUUUAGCAAUAAUUAUUAUAUUAAAAGACAAGUUAAUAUAAUUAAAAGAAAACAAAAAGAAAAGAAGCAACCCAUGUUCUAAAAAUAAACAAUGUUUUCAUAUUGUAUAAAAAAAGGAAAAAAAUUAAAAACAGACAACUAAUUUAGACAAACAUUAAACCAAAAAACCAAUGAUGAUGAUGUUUUUAUUUCGAAACAAGUUUUUGUGUUUUGUUUUUUCUCUUAUGUUUUGACUAUGUUUUAUUAAAUUGAGAACAAUAUUAAAAAACAAAAAAAUGAAUUGAAAAUUGUUAUUUUAUUGGAUGAACAUUGGCAUUAUUUUUAAAGUUUUAGAGAGAAGAGAAAAAUUAUAUACAUGUAAAACAAAAACAAAAAGUAUAGGGAUUUAAAAAAAAACAUACAAAACAAGUACUUAUUAACAAAUACAACAUUUAACAUAUUAAAGUGAAAAAACAAACAACAAGCAUAAUACAGAAGAAGAAAAACCAACAAACAAUACAAAAAAUUAUGUUCAUGUAAAAGUUAUAUACAACAAAAACCAAAAAAAAAACCCAAAGAUAUAAUGUUGAAUAAUUAUUGUUACUUUGAAAAGAUUUAAAAUUGAAAUAAAAAAGAAUUCAAUAAAAAUUAUUAUAUAAACUAAAA